AUGUCCUUUCACGACGAGAAAGCUGGCAGUGAGGAUGGUGCUGAGGCUGUCAUGCAUGAACAGCGUACCGGUUGGAAAGGCACAUACUAUCACCCUUUAACACAGAUUGUCAUGCUUGGAUUUGUGUGCUUCAUGGGUCCUGGGUUGUUCAAUGCUGUCAACGGUUUGGGCGGUGGCGGUCAAUUGGAUCCUACUACGAGCGCAAAUGCCAACGUCGCAACAUACUCCACGUUUGCUGCUGUGGGCUUCUUCGCCGGUUCUAUCAAUAAUAAAUUGGGAUCUAAAAUGACGUUGCAAAUCGGAACACUCGGAUAUUGUCUUUACAUUGGUUCCUAUCUCUCAUUGAAUAUCCACCCACAUUCAGGCGCAUUUGUGGUCGCAGCUGGCGCUAUACUCGGAAUUUGUGCGGGUUUGUUAUGGGCAGCACAGGGAUCUCUCAUGCUAGCGUACCCAACUGAGGCUGAGAAGGGAAAAUACAUUGCUAUUUUCUGGGCGAUCUUCAACUUGGGAGGUGUUGUUGGUUCAGCAGUUGCUCUUGGUACCAACUUCAAUAAUACGGCAGGAACUGUGGGAAACAGCACCUAUAUUGCUUUCAUCGUAUUGACUGCUAUAGGUAUCUGUAUCCCGAUGCUUAUGGCUGACCCUAAGAAGGUCAUUCGUUCGGACGGCGCCAAGGUCAUCAUACCUCUUCACCCUUCAUGGAAGACACAGUUUCUAGGUCUUUGGGUCACUUUAAAGACAGAUCCUAUGAUUCUCCUUCUCUUCCCGAUGUUCUUCACAUCCAACUGGUUUUACACAUGGCAAUGGAAUGAUUUCAAUGCUGCAUUAUUCGACCUCCGAGGUCGUUCGCUGAACAGUUUCCUGUACUGGACGUCCCAGAUCUUUGGUUCUAUUGGAAUCAGUUUCCUUCUUGAUAGCAAGCUUUCACGUCGUGCUCGUGCCUUUAGUGGCUGGGCUGCUCUGAUGAUAUUAAUAUUCAUUACACACAUAUGGGCGUACUUCUACCAAAUCCAAUAUGUCCGUCCCGGUCCAAGCGACAUUGAUAUCCAUAACAAACGAUUUAUCGGAAGGGUUUUUCUCUACAUCCUCUUUGGGUUCUUGGACUCGAUGUGGCAGACAACCACCUACUGGCUCAUGGGUGCCAUAUCUAACGACGCUGGUAAAUUGGCUAUCAUGGUUGGAUUUUAUAAAUCCCUCCAGUCUGCUGGAGCAGCCGGUGUCUGGCGUGCCGAUGCGGUCAAGACUCCGUUCAUGAAUCUCUUUAUUUCAACCUGGGUCCUUCUCGUUUCAGGACUUCUUUUUGCCCUACCUAUGAUUCAUCUUCGGGUUAAGAACCAUACUGAUCUUGCUGAUGAGACUCUUGUGCGCAUGGACAGCAAAGGCCAUAUUCGUGAUGUUGAGCAGGUAAAGAAAGAAGAACAACUUGCUGCUGCGACUGCUUAA